CGUCGCUCAGGGCAACAACGCUUCGCCUGUAUCGCGUUGGGUUGCUUGUCAGUUGACUGGAAUGGAGGUAGAGAGGAUCGCAGCUGUAAUGAGCGGCUCCCGUUGCAGGUGAAAUACAGAAGAAGAAGAAGCACAAAGAUGCAAACCUGCGUCCCGUGACUGUGACAGAGGAGUCCGCGUGCCGACCUCGACAACCGGAGUGAGUUGAGUUUGUGUUAGAAAUAUGGAAUCAAUUUCAGGUCUCAAAGGAAACAGCAUUCUGGCUCUGAUGACUCGUUCGAGUGCCGUGUGGUGCUGCAUGUCCUGACCACUCUUUUGCUGCGGACACACACACACACACACACUCACACCCCUGCCUUUUGACUUGAUGAAGAUUCGCCUCAUCGGUGAUGUGAUGAAUAAAUUUGAGGUCCUUGGGAUUGUAGGAGAAGGAGCCUAUGGGGUGGUUCUAAAAUGCAGGCACAAGGAGACGAAAGAGCUUGUUGCCAUAAAGAAGUUUAAGGACAGUGAAGAGAAUGAAGAGGUAAAGGAGACGACUCUGCGGGAGCUGAAAAUGCUCCGCACACUGAAGCAGGAGAACAUCGUGGAGCUGAAGGAGGCGUUCCGGCGCAGAGGGAAACUCUACCUGGUGUUUGAAUAUGUGGAGAAGAACAUGCUGGAGCUUCUGGAGGAAAUGCCCAAUGGCGCUCCACCUGAUAAAGUACGCAACUACAUUUAUCAGCUGAUUAAAGCGAUCCACUGGUGCCAUAAGAAUGAGAUCGUACACCGAGACAUCAAGCCUGAAAAUCUUCUCAUCAGCUCCAAUGACAUCCUCAAGCUCUGCGAUUUUGGCUUUGCCCGGAAUCUUUCAGAAGGCAGCGACGCCAACUACACAGAGUACGUGGCCACCAGGUGGUACAGAUCUCCUGAACUUCUUCUCGGAGCUCCAUAUGGAAAGGCUGUGGAUAUGUGGUCAGUGGGAUGUAUCCUGGGCGAACUGAGUGACGGACAGCCUUUAUUUCCGGGAGAAAGUGAGAUCGAUCAGCUCUUUACCAUCCAGAAAGUGCUGGGUCCUCUGCCUCCUGAGCAGAUGAAGCUGUUCUACAGCAACCCUCGCUUUGCUGGACUCAGGUUCCCUACAGUCAGUCAUCCACAGACCCUGGAAAGGAGAUACUUAGGCAUCAUUAAUGGACUCAUGUUGGAUCUCAUGAAGAACCUGCUGCUGUUGAACCCGUCGGAGCGCUUUCUGACUGAGCAGUGUUUGAACCACCUCGUGUUCCAGGCACUGCGAGUGCUCGAGCGACCCGCGCCACCGUCUCCCACGCCGCCUCGCUCCUCCAAGAGGAAACCGUACCACGGGGACAACACCAUUCCCAGCCGUAGUAAGAGCUCUAGUCAUCGUCGCACCAACGGUAAAGACUGCUCGUCGCUGCCACGCCAUGAAGACUUGCGCAGGAGCACUGAAGGCUUCUUGAAUGGUGGUGGAGGGCCCAUGGGAGCCAGCUUGAGUCCUACACUGCAUCCCAAGAGCUACCAGAGCCAGACACUGAGCCGAUCGAUCUCUUGCAGCAAAGAUUUGGCCAACAACAAUCUGCCACAUCUUUUGAGCCCCAAGGAUGUCAAGGGCAAAACCGAGUUUGACUUCACUCUGGGACCCAAGACGACUGGUGGGAUGGAUGUUUCCACUGGCAAGUACCUAAAAUCAUCCAAACAAAAUCGCCAGCCAUCAUCCUCUUUUAUGGAGGGCAAAACGAGCACUCUGCAGUCUAGCGACAAGCAUGGACGUCAUGGCUACAUGGAGAGCUCGCAUGGCUCUAUGCCCUCGUCCUCGUCCUCCAAGAGCACUUCAUCUUACCUUGGCCUGUCCAAAAGCCAUGGCACUCUGAGUGACGCAAAGUCUGUUGGAAACCUGACUGAGCCCCGCCUUCACCUAGAGGAGACCGUUCCCAGUUCAAGCUCUAAUUCUCGGUACUUCCCAACUAGCUGUUUGGACUUGAACGCCGCCCCCACCAGCCCACGAACAGAGCGGCACUCCAGCUCAGAUCACCAGGGUCAUAGCCCAGCAGGGCGCACCAACCCUCGCAUGGAGGGUGGUACCCUGGACUCGCACCACUCCUCAGGCCGAAAAAAAUUACCUGAGGAAGCCAAAGUUCCGGAUGGUCUGGAUCCAUCCAUGGUGGCUGGAGCCGCAGGCGUGCACAGUCACACGCUUUCUGCUCCCCACGAAGCCUUCCCCUACGGCCUGGGCUAUACCAGCCCCUUUUCAUCUCAGCAGCGCCCCCACAGGCACUCUAUGUAUGUGCGACGUGAGCGCCACAGGACCCACGGUCAGGAGGCUGGGCUGGCAGUGAACCAGGGUGCGCCAACACGUGCCAGCAGCCUACAGUUACUUUCCCCUCAGCUUCCUCAUCGCACAUUACCGCGCCAUCCAAAUGGCUCAUCAAGAGAAGAGCUCAGCAAGGACAUCAGCAGGAAUGAUCAGUCUCCAAAGGAGAAGCCUCACUCUCAUGGCCCAAUUAAAGACUCGACAAGGGACAACACUUCUUACCACUCACAACGUGCCAAAAAUGAGGUUGGGAUGUACCAUGAUCCACAUAUGGAAGAUGGAACCUCAUCCAAGGAGAACCGAUUGAUCUAUAGUGAUUCUAUGCCACGUCGAGUGGGCAGCUUUUACCGAGUUCCUUCUCCACGACCCGACAAUUCCUUUCAUGAUAAUGUGCCUCAGAGCAGAGUUCCACCUGUAUCGGCAGACAGUGCUGCCAUGGCUAACCACUCCAAACGGCAGACAAACUUUGACCCCUGGAAUAACUCAGAGGCGAUGGUUCUGAACCCACCAGAGAUUCCAAAACAGAAGGAGAAACAGGGUUUUUUUAGAGCAAUAAAGAAGAAAAAGAAGAAGUCACAACCAACGGAGGGCUGCGAGGGAAGGAACCCGAGCAUCAAGAAAAGCCUUUUCCCCCUCUUUAACUCAAAGAAUAGCUUAAAGCAUAACUCCUCUGUGCUUCCUGUCCUUGCUCAGCCCAUGGUUGCAGCUGAAGGCCAACAGGACCAGCUGGUGCUCCAAAGACCAGUCAAGUCUUCGUCCCACCACAGCAGCCGUCACCGGAACCGGGACAGAGAACGGGACAGAGACAGGGACCGGGAUAGGGAUAGGAACCGAGAGCGAGGUCAUGAGCGAGAAAGAGACAGAGACAACACCUGGCCUGUAGAGAAACAUACAAAUGUGCAACCUCAGAACCAACCUCUUAGGUCUUUGCGUAAGUUGCUGCACCUCUCCUCUCCUCCUUCGUCCUCAACAGCUGUUAGCCAGCCUCCUCCUCCUCCUCCUCCUCCAGAUCGCUCAUCUGAAAUACGCUUCCAGCCACUUGCCAACCCGCCACCCAAAGCAGCACCUCCAAGCAUGCCUGAAGCACGGGCCAUUUCGGUGGGCAGCAUCACUCCGAACACCAAGAGCCGUAAGCCACACAACUACCCUCUGCCAGGGCAGAUAGAGUCCGCUUGGCAUGCCACAGCUCCCUACCCCGACCAAAUGGCCAGCAAAGCUGGGCAGAAUGGCAUCGGCUUUGCCAGGGCUGCUCGUCCACGGAUGCCAAACCUCAAUGACCUGAAAGAAACCGCUUUGUAGGGGCAGACAUAUCUUCUUUUACUCUUCUGACAAUUUGGGAGUGUCUGCAAAACCAUUAUCACUUCCGCACUUAACAACGACUCUGGCCAGAAGGUGGCACUAAUCAUGUCUUGUUUUUUUUUAAAUCAUCUACAUCCUUUGAUAGAAUUUGUAUCUGUUAACAGGUUCAGUUUUCAGUUCUUGACAUUGAUGAUGUAUCUAAGUAUUUGUAUAAGGAAAUUUAUCAGCUGGGGGGUAAAUGAACCAUGGAAUAGUAAGAGCUUUAGUUUAUACACCAGAGAAUGUAUAAAUAUUUAUUGUGUAAUAAUUCUAUAUUUCAUGGAGAUUAUUUAAUUAAUUAUGAGUGUCUUACUAUUUAAUAUAUACAUUGUACAGAGUGCAUUUUAUUGUUGUAACAAAUGGUACAUAUUAUUAUUAUUAUUAUUAUUAUUAUUAUUAUUAUUAUUAUUAUUAUUGAACAGUUUGUUCUGUUAGGAAUCCUCUACUGCCUGGACACUUAGGCAUCUCAUCUUUUACAAAUUUUGAGAUCUAACUGCCCAUUAACACAGAAGCUACACUGUCAGAGGCUAACUCUCAUCACGUGAUCUUCAGCUAUACAAUGACAGGAUUUUUUUUUUUGCUUGCACAUUUUUUUUCUUUUUAUUUUCUUUCAUAUUUUUUCCAUAAAUUAAAAUCUGAGUAAACCAAACCUAGUCUAAAUAGCUGACAAAAUGGACGGCGGGCCACAGUAGAAGCACGUCAGUGAUUAGCUCAGCAGGGCUGUUGUCGUUUAACGAAUGGCUGACGAUCACAUAGGCACAUCAACAGGUUUUGUUCCGAAGCUGUUUAUCACAUUCCCUCAUUGACUCGCCUUUUUAUUUACCUUUUGGAAGAAUCUGCGUUUAGUCAGGAGAGUUCAGGCUUUUUAUUAGUGUACGUAUGAGCAAGAAAAAGUUAUACACCAAUAAUGUUCCAACCACCUGUAGGUCCCUGUUGUGCCACCAAACCAGCUCUGAUUCAUUAAGGCAUGGACUCCACAGUCUGAUGGGACUGACGGGCCCUUGACCAAGGCCCUUAACCCUGACUACUUCGGAGGUGCUGUAUCAUGGCUGACACUGUGCUCUGCCCUUUGCAACCUCCAAAUUUUGGAUAUGUGAAGAAAGAAUUUCACUGUGCUGUAAUGUCUGUGACAAAGUAAAGGAUUUUACUUUAUACAUUAUAUUUUGUCUGAAAAUGUGCUGUGGCAUCCGGCACCAGCAAGUCCUGUAGGUUGUAAGUUGAAGCCUCCAUGAAUCCGACUACUUUGUCCGGCACAUCCCACAGACGCACGAUCGAAUGAGAUCUGGGGAUUUCGGAGGCCAAGUCAACACCUUGAUCUCUUUAGACACGUUCCUUAAACCAUUCCUGAACAAUGUUUGCAGUGUGGGUCUGGGAACAUCAUCCUGCUGGGUUUUGUGACAUUGUUUACUUCACCUGUCAGGGGUUUUUUGGUGGACAUGAAGUAAACUCGCAAGGGACUCGGGACACAUUUUGUCAAAAAACAAGGACAAGAUACGCAAAGAUAGAGCCUUGACAUCAACCAAUAACAGAAUUAUUUUCUCUACCCUUACAAGACUCUUGAGAAUUUGUUUCCCCAAAAAAGUAAAAGUGUACAAUAGACAUCAUAUAGUAAUAACAUACACAGGGAGUUGUAGGGUUGUGACGUGUUACUCAAUUGAAUUAAAAAAGCGUGGGAUUGCUGCUAUACCUUAAUCUUGAUAUCAGGAAAUUGAAAUUUUUCUAUCAGGAAGCAUCACAUCACCCUGUCUGUGACUGUGAAACUGACUGUGCAACUUGCCAAAGAAAACUGCAUUAUAUCCAGUGCUCUCUGACCUCUUACACUUUCUCCUUAAGCUGUCAGUAAUCGUUUGAAGUGGGACAGAGUUGACGUGCUCUACCAAACCAUGCGCAGAAGUCAUUGAGGGAGUGUUAACAGGAAUGGAAUAUUUUCAGGAUGUUGACUUUACAAGUAAUAGAACACGGGUGUGAAGAUUUUUAAAUUAUUCUGAAUAAGAUACAGAGACCUCCUCCAUACUAUGUACCAAUCAAAGCAAAUGUAACAUUGAAUAUGUUUCAGCCUCACAGAUGAUCCUAUAUCGGAUAUAUUAUAUAUAGAAAUACAGUGUAUAUAAGAUUGAGAGUAUGAAAGAUGAUGAGAGAUGAAUUCUAUCCUUGUAAAAAAAAAAAAAAAAGUGCAAUAUCUGGAUGAUAAAUAUUUAACUCCGUUAAAUGGAUUUAAUAACGACGAUUAAAGGUUAUAUUCAACGUUCAGGAAUUUAUCAAGAGAUCCCAAAAAGAAACAGAAAGAGAUAUCUAACUGAGAGUAUCAACAUGCAUUAUUUUUAAUAACCAAUGGUGCACUUUAAAGCUGUGUUUCUUCCAGGUGAAGUGUAUUGUGCCCAUUUGGUGUUUUCUAAAUGGCAAUCAUCCCCCCCCCCCACCACCCUCUAAAUCCAUGGGUUUAUCACGACCAUUUUCUAGAGAACUGCACUGAAUGUGGGUUUGUUUCAUGACUCGUCAUGUGUAAUCGAGCAACUUUACAUUAAAACCUACAGUAAAUAUUUAGCACCAUUUUAAAUCACUUUAUUUUUUUGUACUGGUUUUUUCAUCAUGUCAUCGCCUUCGGUUCACCAGACUAUAAAGAUACUUUGACCGAUACUUAAAAAUCUAGGCUUGUUAUUUCUCGUCUUGGAUCAAAUCGGAAACUGUUUUCUAUGAAGGCCAAAUGAAGGUCACGUAUGAUCCAGUCAUCGUUCUGUGGUGCUUUGUAUAAUUUUAAUUUUGCGUUUUAGUUUCAUUCAAUUUGGUUGUACAUCUGUCUUUUACAGCAUAUUAACCCGCCUUGGCAUAUUGCCAGCUCAUAUAGCAUGCCAAUGCAAUGCCAAGUCUUUUUUUUUAUUUAGGUUUACUAGCAGCAUGACCUAAAUUAAAACUGGAGGAUGACUGCUGGAGGCACCGUGUGCUUCAAUGCUCUACAAAUUCACUGCUGUUAGGUGUGUUGAAGGAGCAGUGAACACCGUGUAAACCCAGGACUGAUGUUGUCCUUCAUACAUAGAGUUUUUUUUAAAAAUUCCCCCAAAAUGAUUUCCCAUAUGAAUAUCGUAGAACUGCUUAUUCAAAUAUCUAUACUCGAUGUCUAUCAAGCAUAUCAGACCAGGAUGAAAAACGCCGCAGCUGAUUAGAUUUCACCCUGAUGGUGUAUAAAAUCAAAUAAAAGUGAACACGACCGCUGAAAGAGAAUUCCAUCCCUCACACGAAACACGGCGAAUGAAAACCUGUAACCGGUUUACCACGAUCUCCUUUAGAGCCUUUGUCCGUCGUUUACGCCACUUUUCAUAACGUUGAUUCUGUUCCUCAAAUCUGUCACUACCGUGAUGACAGAAACUCUGAAAGACCUUUAGACCUAAAACUAGAGAUGAGUUUUCUCAAAAUCUCAAAUAUAUUCAGUUCAAUUCUAUUUUUAUUAUUAUUAUUAUUAUUAUUAUUAAUUGAUUCCCUUUCUCUCUCUGAUAAUAAUUUUUUUUUCUUUCUUUGUUGUUGGGAUUUUUCAUCGUUUGUGCCAAAUUUGUAUAAACACAAACAUUUACACACCAUCAGCAACAAUAGUGGUACAGCAACUUUUUCUUUUGUAUACAUUUCACAUUUGAAUGUUUAUUCUUUGCAUUUUGUUAUUAGAUUGUUGUAGAAAGUAUUUCGGAAAUUGUGUGUGUGUGUGUGUGUGUGUGUGUGUGUGUGUGUGUGUGUGUGUGUGUGUGUGUGUGUGAGAGAGAGAGAGAAUAUGAACUCAAAGGUCAGAGGACACACACGUUAUUAGCUGCUAUUGUGGUGUGUGUGUGUGUGUGUGUGUGUGUGUGUGUGUGUGUGAGAGUCUCUCAGGGGUUGAACUCAAAGGUUAGUAGUUUGCUGAAUUCAGUGUGUUUAUGGAUUGAUUUUUUUUUUCCAUACAAAAUGAAUCUGGAAACGAAACCUCUUCCGACCUCUGACCUCACCGACACGGAAAGGAAAAGCUGUGGAUUUCAUUUUGACUCCAUUGAUUACACGCUUCCAAAAAUCUCACUCUCAUACCUCUCGUACGGUUACCUGUGACCUGAACUUUUUUUUUCAUCACCUCUGGCUGUGGUUGUUUCGA